AUGACUUUUAUCUUCACUCCAAAAGCCUGCUCUACCCCCUUACCUACAUCCUCAUUCGCAUUUGGAGUACUGAAUCUCCCUCGCACUCGGAUAGCCGGGGAUUUCGCUACUGUUGUCGCCCAUAUAAGUGGUUCAUCACAGCUCACAGUGGCUCCAUUCUCUGCCCUGCCAGCUGCAACUAAGGUCCUCAGUUGCGGAGCUAUGUCCUGUGUUCUAGUCGGGUUAGACCUUACUUUGUGGACCGCGGCAUUGCCCUCUUCAGAUCUCUUCUGUGGGCCCUCUCUUACAUAUGGUUUUGCUGGUACAUUCUUUGGUAAUUCCGGGGUAGAUUUGCUCAAAGGUUCUCUAGUUCUUGGCACGCGAGCUAAAGCAGAACGCAGUGGAGACAUUCCUGAAUUAGAGGGUAAUGUGGCCGGGGUGAGAGGAAUGGUCGAAUUUAGCGUGGUCGACAAUGGGGUGGAGGCUAUCGAUGUGGUGGUGUCCGUGGCCCUCGGGUUGGCAUGGGUUGCCGCGACGAAUGUCCACGUGGGCUGGCUUCGUGCGGUCGACGGAGGUAGUAUCGCAGUGAUCGUUGCUAUCGAUGACUAUCUGUUCCUCGCUACGUCGAAAUAUGAGGUGAGGGCCAUUAUAUAG